CUGAGAGUAAAUUCACUACCAAAAAAAAAAAAUCUGAGUGUCCUCCCAGAAAAAAAUUAGCUAGUAAUUGCAAUUGUGUUUUCUCGUUUAAUUUCAAAAUCUGGUUUCCCCACGCUUCUUCGAUUCCUUUCUGCUAAUCAUCUGUCUUUCAAGAACUAAAUUAUAUAACGUUUGAAUGGUUUUUAUCGAUUAUUCAUACCAAAAGUCAAGCUUACGAAACUGUGUUUUUAUUAAUCCGCACAUUUAAUUGAAAGCCGGGUAUUUUCAGAAAGAAAUCGUUUUUAUUCAAAUUUCUUCUGAAUUUAUCUUUUUUAUUUUCCAUAGAUUUAGUCGAGGGUAAUUUUUUGUUCCCUCAGGAUCAUCAUCAGGUUGCUUAUUUCAAACCUCUUCGAUCCAUUUUUAUUUUCUUGAAUUUUUAAUCCUUCAAAUAUUUUAAAUCUAGAAACUGUAAUGGAAGCUGCUAUGAAUUUUUACAAUAGCAGAACGUCUCAACAACCAGAUUCGUUUGGUGGUGAACUCAUGGAAGCGCUUCUACCUUUUAUCAACAGCGUUUCCGAUCCUUCUCCCGCGUCCACGUCUGCGUUUAUUCAACCCGCAGCGUCUGCGUUUUCUCUACCUACCUUCCCCGUAUACAACCCUGAAGACUGUUUAACCCAACCGUUCAUUUACGGGUCGGAUCUUCAACAAACCGGGUCAUUAAUCGGGCUCAACAACCUCUCCUCUUCCCAAAUCCACCAGAUCCAAUCUCAGAUCCAUCAUCCUCCUCCUCUUCCUCCCACCAGAUCCAGCCUCAGCCCCAAGCCGUUACUCAUGAAACAACCCGGCGUCGCCGGAUCUUGCCUCGGAGCUCCGCCGAAGCCGGCGAAGCUCUACAGAGGCGUGAGGCAGCGUCACUGGGGAAAAUGGGUGGCGGAGAUCCGUCUACCGAGGAACCGCACUCGUCUCUGGCUCGGGACGUUCGACACGGCGGAGGAAGCUGCGUUGGCCUACGAUACGGCGGCGUAUAAGCUGCGCGGCGAUUUCGCCCGGCUUAACUUCCCUAACCUACGCCACGACGGAUCUCACAUCGGUGAGUACAAGGCUCUUCACUCUACGGUUGAUGCCAAGCUCGAAGCUAUUUGCAAGAGUAUGGCGGAGACGGAGAAGACGAAGACGAAGGCGUCGAAGAAACGUGCCGCGACGGUGGCGGUUACGUCGACGGAUCUAGCGGAGACGGUUAAGGCGGAGGAGACUUCUCCGCCGGCGACGGAGUUCGUUGAGUCCGCCGGAUCUUCGCCGUUGUCGGAGUUGACGUUCGCCGACGCGGAGGAGCAGCCGCGGUGGAACGAGACGUUCUCGUUGGAGAAGUAUCCGUCGUACGAGAUCGAUUGGGAUUCGAUUUUGGGUUGAUUGGUUCGGUGGAAGUUUAGGGGUAAAUUAGUAAUUUGGGGGAAGAUUAGGGGUCUUGGUAGUAAGUAAAUGUUAGAAGCUGCCUGCAAUGGAGUUUUUGGAAAUUGCAGAGAGAAGCUAGUAGAGUAAUUAAAGUAUGAUUAGUGGUUAAUGUUAAAGUUAUGUAAUUUGUGUUAAAAAUCUCUGUGUCGGUCCAGCUGCGGUUUUUUGUCAUGCUCGACCAUGCCACACAGUGUAUUUUUUUUUUUUGUUGGGUCUAUGUAAUUUCUAGUUUCAUUUUCUCUAUCUUAAUGCGAUGUUUUUAGUUUAUUUUCUAGUAAAAUGAAUUCGUCUCACUGAUCUUUGUUAUUGCUUUUACAAAUUUAGAGGGCAGUAACAUAAACCGUUUGACGUUUAAGGUAAUGGCUGAAUAUGCUGGUGAACAUGUAAUAUAAUUUGUUUUGAAGAUU